CACAAACCACAGAGGUGCAGAGCACAGCAAUUCUGAGAUCCAAGCCUCCGAAACUGGCAAACCCUAAAUGUUAAUCAAUCGGAGACUCUAAUCGUCAGAAAGUGCAGAGCUUGGUCGCUGAAGCAUGGACAUGGAAGGGCUAUCCGUUAUCUGUUCUGGUCUAGGGUUUCUGGAAGAGGACGAGGACGCGAAUCGGAUCGGCUAUACAAAGGGCGAAUAUUCCUUAGAUAACUUGAAGGAUUUGUUGAGGUUUCUCAGGCGUGAUGAUCCCCAGACCCGGGAAGUCUUCAAGCAAGUCUGUAAGUGGAAUAUUGUUUCUAAAGAUUUGAUACCAAUCAUUGAACACUGUCAAGAUGAUCGCAACUUGGUAUUAAAUGCAGUGAAGGUUUUAGUGUUUCUCACAAUGCCUAUUGAGCCCCCAUCUACUGAUAUUCCCCAACAAAUAGAGUAUCUAUGGGGCUUGAAGUCUGCAUUUACAUGCAGUGACACAAUUGCAGUAAUUGUCUCACUUCUCGAAGGUCCACUGGAAAAUUUGCAACAAGAAACUUUUACAGAGGAUGACUGGAAAUUGGUCCAACUGGUACUUACUUUAUUUCGGAAUGUUCUAGCUAUUCAAGACAUCUCCUUGUUUCAGAAGGCUGUGGGAUCUGCUACUCAAUUUUUGUCCCUACGAGACAAGUUCCUUGAAUUAUUGUUUGAUGAGAAUGUGAUGGACUUGAUCUUAGUUUUAGCCCAGCAUGUUGGUGGUUCUCAUGGCUAUCUCCGUCCAGAUAACUUGCUUUUAUUGGAAACUUUCCAUUACAUAUUUAUGGGUCAAGAGCCAGACUUGAUUGCCAGAGCAUAUCUAAAAGGUCCCAAGCUAGAAGGAGAUGCUGCAACUUCUCUUAAGAGUCUCAGAUCUAUUAUGGAAGAGGAAGAAGAAAAAAGAAAACUGAUUAGACUUCGCAGUUUGAGUCGUUAUUCACAGUUUAGUGGAAUAUUUACACGGCUGACUGUGGAUGGUUCUAAAACAUUAUUCAAGGGAAACCCUGGUUCUACUUCUUCUGAAACCCUGUCUAGACAUCAUAAACUUCAUCGUGGUCCACUGAAAAGAAUUGUUUGGGACCAUGAAAGAUUGCCCUCAACAAAGUAUAAUCUUUUACAGUUAUUGCACAACUUUCUGAACCAGUUUUUAUCAGAAGCUUAUAAUGUUUUGAUGCAGUCAGUCCGUGAGGAUAUUGAGAAGGAACAUCAUUCAGUUCAGAACAGUGAUGUUGUUGCUUUCUUCCAGGUUGCUCAAUUUGUUAUGUCUUUUCAAUAUCGCAAGUUCUCGAUUUCAAAGACAAACAUUGGAACCAAUUCAUUUGAAGCUUUCCCUGAUAAGUAUGUUGAUAGCACAUUGUUCAAAGGUGAUAUUUGUGGACCAAUUGCAGCAUCUAUGAACGAGUCAAUGUUCCUACUGGUCACUUCGAAGUGGCGUAGUGCAUUUGAUGGAUUGAAGGAAACAAAUAACUACAAGUUUUUAUCUGCAGCAGGAUCUCUGAUGAAAAUUAUGAUUCGCAUGUUAGAUUUGGUGCUAAAGCUAUCAUCAGAAGAUUCUAAGGAGUGCCAAACAGCUCGUACCCUCCUUUACAAGUUAUUUUAUGAUCAAACUGAUGAUGGGAUGACUCAGUUCCUCUUGAACCUGAUAAAAUCAUUUGACACUCAUAAACAACCCAAAAGUGAUCUUGCAGAUCUUGUAGAAAUGAUACAUGUGGUUGUACGACUAAUGGAGAAUCUUCAAGCACAUGGCACACUGAGGGUUUCUAGAAAAUCACGGAAAGGGAAGAAAAAGAAAAAUGCUGUGAAGGAUUUCAUGGACAAGCAAAAUGCAGAUCAUGCUGAAAUUGACUGUGAGAUUGGCAUUUCUAAUUGUGAAAAAUCUGUGCACUUGAGCGCUAAGCAAACGGAGAACUCAACGAAUGAAUGCUCUGGUCAGGAAGAAGUAACUAUCCCCGAGCAUGUUGAUGGGCCUGGAACAUCUAUUCUGGACACAAGCAACCCUGCAGAUGGGGUGUCACUGAUGGAUAAUGAUAAGUUUGAUGGCAAUGAUGGUCUUCAUAGUGGAAUGAGUGAUUCUUCCGGCGACGAGCAGCUACUUAUGACUAAUGAAGUUGAUUUUAAGGUGUCUACUUUUGUUUCUGCUUUUGCAAACAAUAUGGUCAUCCAGAAUUUGUGUUGGCUGCUCAAGUUCUAUAAAAACAAUUCCACUAGUACAAACCACUACAUUAUAUGCACAUUGCGGAGGAUCUGUGAUGAUCUAGAACUCUCUCCAAUGUUAUAUCAGCUAUCACUUGUCACCACAUUCUAUGACAUCCUGGUUGAGCAGAAGUCAAGUCCAUGCAAAGAAUAUGAAAAUAUUGUUAAUUUUCUAACUAGUUUGGUUAGGAGAAUGCUAAGGAAGAUGAAGAAUCAGCCUCUUCUUUUUGUGGAAAUACUCUUCUGGAAGACAAGAAAAGAAUGCCAGUACAUUGAUACUGAAUCUUUACUGCAAGAGCUUGGCAGUUUGAAGAACAAGACUAGAAAUUGGGCAAGUGGUUUAGGGGAUGGAGAAAUUGGUUCUUCACAAGAUAAAGGAGGAAUUCACAGAAGCAUAGCAGACGCACUUGGUGAUGAUGAAGCUGAUGUUGUGAUAUCUCACGAGCUAAAUAAUCAAAUGGAGGAAGACCAAUAUGAUCACACAGUUCAAGAGGCUUUGCCUAUGAAUAAUCGUGCUGGAAGAUUGAACGAAAGCAUCAUGCCUACUAGCAGUGAGAUUGGUGCGACAGAAAAUUCUGACAAGGGAAGAGAUUCUGUUGAACAUGAAAUUCAGAGCAUUUCUAAAAGAAAGAAAAGGCUUGUUCUCAAUGAUGAGCUAGAGAAAAAAUUAAAGGAUCUGUAUGAGAAGUACAAAGAUAAUCGACGUUGCAGUCAUCUUAUUGCGGAAGCCCUUGAUCUGGAUAGAAAAGUUUCGCCAGUUCAAGUUUUUAACAUGCUUAAACGUCUGGGAAUUAAAUUAAAGCCACGGAAAAAUAUGCUUGAUACUGACAUACCUUUUGCUGGUGGACCCAAUGAACUUGGGAAUGAGAAGGCAUUGGAAAGUGGUCAUCACCCACUUGACUCAAAUGAUUUGGAUGGAUCCUUGCUAAGAACUUCGCACACUAGAAAAAGAGUACGUGCCUUUAGUGAAGAUCAGGAGAUGAUGAUUAAAACUUUGUUUGAGAAGUUUAAAGACCAUAAAAGAUGCAGCCAUAUGAUUGCAAAUGCACUGGAUGCUCAUGGGGCAUUCUCUGCAGCGCAAGUUACCCGUAAACUAAAGCAACUUGGCUUAUUUGUUCCUCGACAGAGGAGUUCCCAGACCAAUAUGCACUUGAUAGAUGAGGAUCCAAAUGACAUUUUAACAGAUGGUGCACAGCAAUCAGAUGACGAAACAUUACUAUCACUUAGAAAGAGGAGCAAAAACAAGGGAAACAGCAUAUUGCCCAGUGAUGAGGCUCAAAUGAUGAAGACUGAUGGAAAACUAUCACAUGAUAAUUCUGACGAUGAAAUCCUUAGCUCUGUUCUGGCGAAAACUAGAUAUGUUCUAAAGAAAAAAGAUGAGAAAGUCACUAUCGCAUCUGUUCAGCAGCCAGGAAUUGAAAGUGACUUACGAAAUGGAAUUAUAUCGGAUGUUUUAGAAAGGGAUGGAAGUCAGCAACCUGGUGAAAUAUUGGAAGCUCCAGAAACUGAUGCAGAUCGUCACCUCAAGCAUGCAGACUUACAUGGCAUUGCAGAAGGUGAAGUGAGUGGCAAUAGCAGUGGAGGUGUUGAUCCUGUGAGCAGUGUUGAUCAUUCAUCACUUCAGCAACCAUAUGAUGAGUUGGCCGAUGAAUUGGAAGAUUUGGGAGAUGAUGUGGCCCCAGUCACCUCACCAAAAAGUUCUGUGAGAAGGAAGUUGAGGAUGGUAAUUGAUAUGGAGGACGACGAGUAAGAGCAGCAUGGCCAUGUUUGUAUGGCUGUAACCUUUUCAUGUAAAGUCAUGGUGCAUUCUGUAAAUCCAUUCUCUAGGAUCCAUUAAUUUUA